AAACCUCGGGACAUUUCCCACAAAACAGUGCGCUUUCUCACCGAAAACGAAAGUUGUUGAAAGUUUUUAUUUUGGGGAAUAUCACUAACACGACAAUAUGACACGGACGUGUGUGCCAUGCAUUGUUUUUAUCGUUGUGUUUUGUAAUAGAAUCAACAAGGUGCUUGGAGAGGAUGGGGUGAUUUACUCCAGACCAUCCACCCACACGGCGGACUGGGGCGACCAUUUCUGUAUCAGCUUUGAUCCUCAGUUCCACCCCCUCCCAGAGGAGAAAUCAAAGGCAAUGGUCAAUAGCCUGGUUGACCUUUCCUCGGAUCAUGGCUGCUUCAACAGCUCUGCCUACACCAACGACACAAAUGUCAAGGACAGCGUUGUGGGCGUGGCCCGCGGAGUCUGUACGUUCUCCGAGAAAGCCAUGAUGGCCCAGAGAUACGGAGCGGCCGGGAUACUGAUCGUGUCCACACAGAAGGUGUAUCCUCGAGCCAAUCAGACAUCGGACUACGACACGGUCAAGGUCAUAGUAGCCAGUAUCUCGGAGACGGACUACGCUGACAUACUGCGAGAGGGCCCUUCUAUUGAUGUCAUUAUGAUAUCUCCGAAGACCUCCAGAUUUGACCCGUGCACCAUCGUUAUCUUCCUGCUGGCCAUGUUCUGUAUCAGUGUGGGGGGAUAUUGGGCGGGGACAAGCUCAGUCCAGGGUGCAAGGAAACCAAAGUCUUCAUCCAAGAAAUCUACCAGGUCUGGUGAAGAUGACAGGAGCGAUGAUGCUAAAGAUGAUGAAGAUCUAGACAUUACCAUUCCCAAGGUCAUCAUCUUCUUCAUCAUGGUGUGUGCCUUCCUUGUCCUCCUCUACUUCUUCUACGAGUAUCUAGUAUACGUGGUUAUUGGAAUGUUCUGCCUCGCGGGGACAGUUGGUCUCUACUCCUGUCUGGAACCUCUCUGGGACAGGAUUCCAUGGACAAGCAGGUUUCCAGAGAACAGAAUUCCGAUCCUGAGCCACCGGCCCCUGUACAGGAACAUCCUCCUGGGACUCCUGUGUAUGGGGGUCGCGAUAUUUUGGGGGGUUCAGAGAAAUGAAAGCUAUGCAUGGGUUAUACAGGACAUUUUGGGGACAGCUUUUUGCAUAAACAUCUUAAAAACUUUGAAACUGCCAAACCUAAAGAUCUGUGUUGUGUUAAUGGUGCUACUCUUCUUCUAUGACAUCUUCUUUGUGUUCAUCACCCCGUACAUUACCUCUUCAGGGGAAAGCAUCAUGGUGAAGGUUGCCACCGGAGGGUCAUCGGGGUCGUCGUCAGGGGAACAGAUCCCCAUGGUGUUCAAGGUCCCACGCCUUGGCAGCUCCCCUUUGAAGGUGUGCGGCCUGCCCUACUCCUUGCUGGGGUUUGGUGACAUCAUAGUCCCAGGGUUACUGGUGUCGUACAACUACAGGUUUGAUGUCAGGACCGGGGGCAGAUGUCUAUACUUUGUAUCUACUGUGAUAGCAUAUGGUCUAGGACUUAUUGCAACAUUUUGUGCCCUGUAUUUGAUGGAAAAGGGCCAACCAGCUUUGCUGUAUCUCGUGCCAUUUACUCUUAUAACAACGUUUGUGAUUGGUUGUAUCCGAGGUGAAGCAGGUGCCCUUUGGUCUGGUGUCACAAAACAGGAAAUUUACAAGAAAAAGGACUCAAGUUCUCCCGAUACAAUUCAGGUCGGGGGGUCUGAUGGAACAGCAAAGCCAGCAGACCAGACCAGUAAUUGCAGCUCUUCCAGUGCAGGGAGUGAAAGUGAACUACUGAGGAAAAAAUGAAAAUUAUGAUAGGAUUGAAGGUCGCUGGCAAUAUAAGAAAUUCAUAUCAAUUAAGGACAGAUUUUAAAGCACUAAUUGAUAUGGGCAUAGAAUUGUCGAAAGUUAUUUUUUAAUUUUGGUGUUCAUGAAUCGCUGGGUGGAGGAGCACAAGGAGUGUUGAAAUUGAUCAGUUUCUGGAUUUCACCAUUAUAACUUAUUUCCCAUAUCCUCUUUAACCUUUGUUAUCUUUGUAUUAUACAUGAUAUACAACGAAACAAUAUAAUUACUUAGAAUCAACAACUGUUAUUGCCAUGGAAAUAUGUAAAUGAGCAAUACUGAUCAAGGUCAAAAAACAAUAUCGAAUUAAUUGAUCUGAAUGGUGGGAUUUUUUUUUACUACAUGUAUAUUGUAAACUGUUAAAAACACAUUUUUUUUCAACAUUGACAGAAACAAAAUUUAUAUGCAGUUAUGUUUUGAAAUUAUGAAAUUGUUCAUGUGUUUGUUGAAAUGGAUGUGAAGGGGAAAAAACAAUUUUCUCUUUAAUUUUUGUUUUAUUUUGUUGGGUUACUUUUGUUUCUUGUUUUUAUUUUAACAUCUUUAAAGAUGUGAAUGUGUAUAAUUUUAGUAUAUAUUUGUUAAGCAAUCAUAUAUUUGAAAUUUUUGCGCUUAAUUGCUAAUCAUAUUUUAUGCGAAAUGUAUCUUAUUUUGUUGACGAUUUUUUUUCUAAAAUAAAUUAUAACAUUUAA